AUGAAUUCAACUCCAUCCGUAACGCCUUCAUCAUCAGAGAAAUCAAGUGUAUUAUCUUCAAAUUUAACCCAAUCUUCAAUAACUUCAUACACCUCUGUUUCUAACUUCGAGCCCACUUCAGAUGAAGUUAGUGAUAUCAGUAGUGAUAUCAGUAGUGAUACCGACGAUAGUGAAGAAAUAUACGAAGUCGAUCCAGAUCUAUCAUGCCCAGAAUGUUCGAGACCUAGAACAGAUGUUCGAUGGUGUAAUUUCUGCGAAUCCCAACAAUUUUCAAAUAAUUUUAUUAAUUGGACAAGCGGACAUCCAUAUUUAGACAAAUUCAUAAGAUAUACUCAACUUAUUGCCACAAGUAAAUGUGAUUAUUUGGUUUGGAUUGAUUAUAGUGAAUUUGAAAAUAUAGCAUAUUUGGCGAAAGGUGGAUAUGGUGAAGUUUAUUAUGGAAUUUGGAUUUAUGGACCAAAUAAAGUUCGAAUUUAUGAAGAAGAAAAAUGCAAAUGGAGAAAAGAAACUAAAACACAAGUAGCUUUGAAAUGCUUACAUAAUUCUAAAAAUGUUACCGCGGAUUUUUUAGAUGAAUUAAGGAUGUAUUAUCGAUGCCGCAAUGGUCGUGUACUUCAUUGUUAUGGAAUAACCCAGCACAAAGAAUCAAACAAUUACAUGAUGGUAAUGGAAUACGCCAACAAUGGAGAUCUACGUCACUAUCUUAUAAAAAAUUACCGUUUAUUAAGUUGGGGUCAAAAACUAAGAAUGUUAAGAGAUAUAGCAUUAGGUUUAGAAGUAAUUCAUUUUGCAAAUUUAAUACAUCGAGACCUUCACAACGACACAAUGCGAACUUUUGUGACUGAUUUAGGGUUAUGUAGACCAAUAGGCAAACCUUUAAAAAAUGAUGAGUAUGCAAUUAAUUUACCGCAAAAUAGAGGUAAUACUAGAGGAUGUAUGGAUAUUAAGUCGCAUCCUAAAGCCUUUUAUAUAG